AUGUUGAGAAUAACUUCAUUUGCGCCCCAGUCCGUCGCUGAUUCGCUAGAUAUCAAGGUUUCCCUUCUGGAGCACAUUGCCAAAGCACAAUGCUUGAAUGAGCAAGACGAACACACAUUGCAGUCCAUACUUUCCUCGAAAGCACGAAACACAUCGCCUGCAUACCUUGACAGCGAUGCAGAUGCAGAGUUGCUAUUGAACAUCGAGUUUAACCAGGCAGUUCGUGUACGAUCACUGGUCAUUCAGGCGCAGGAUCGAGGACCGGAGAAACUCAGGCUUCGUAUCAACUGCUCCGCUAUCGACUUCACCAAUUUCGAGGACUCGGAGGAUACCCAGGUCAUCGAGUUAAAGGCGGAUCAAGUCUCGAAAGAUGCAACGACAACCAAGUUGAUUACACUUCAUCCCACAAAGUUCAACCAUGUGAACUCGCUUCAUAUCCUCGUCGAAUCUGACCACGAUAAUACCAGAAUCGAUGCACUCGACAUCUUGGGUACGCUUGUCCACGCAACGAAGAAUCUUAGUGGACUUGCACAACAAGAGGACUAG